CACUUGAAACUUGACUUUGCGCACGUUGAGUCGCUUCAUCACCAGUUUUACCAGUAUCUUAUGGCUCUUGGUGAAAUACAAAGCAAAGGACACGCGGUCAAGCACGUUGUUACCGCGCAAAAAUGAACUCAGUCUGGGACGUAGAGUUGCAGCAGCUGGCCGAAGAGUUGCACUCUUGACGCAUAUCUUAGAAACUUAAACCUUAUCUUGACCGACCUGGCUACUCGGUGCAGCCAGUCAACCAUGGCCAUCGAUGUAGACCGAACUCUCGCGGUCCUCCGGCGCAAGCUGGAGGCCCUUGGCUACUCCGACCCGCUUGAACCGGCGAGCUUGCAGCUGGUGCAAAAGCUCGUAGAGGACUUGGUGCACACCACGGACAGCUACACGGCCGUGAAGCAGCAAUGCGCGAAGCAAGCUCAGGAGAUAGCAGCGUUCGACACACGGCUGGAGUCAGUGCGGCAGGACUCGGUGCGGCUGCAGUCGGAGAACAGCCAGCUGCACGUCCUUGUAAUGCAGCACGCGGAGCGGCACGAGCGGGAGGCGCGGGAGCACUACACGGCGGUGAAGCGGCUGGAGGACACCAUCGCAGAGCUGUCCUACUGGAAGCACGCUGCUGCGGAGAAACUGGCGUCGGCGGAUAAGGAGAACGCGGGGCUGCGGAAGCGGUGCGAGGAGCUGGCCAAGCUCACGGACCGCCUUGCCUCGGGCGCUGCGACCCCGCAGUCCGUGGCGCCCAAGAUUUCCUCGCGCAGCCCCAUCCGGGUUGCGCCUCCUCCCUCUCCGCCGCGGCCCCGUCAGGCCACUGUGGAUGUGCUGCAGGCCGCUAACGGCAGGAUCCUGUCGCUGCAGCGGCAACUGGCCGACGCCACCGCAGAGCUGCAGGAGCUGCGGCAGCGCGUGGCGGAGGACGAGGACCAGAUCCGGCGGCGGGACGUGGAGAUCGACCGCCUGGGCACUCGGGCGGGGACGGACACCAACGUGCUGGCGCUGCGGGCACGCAACGAGGCCAAUGAGAGCAUGAUCCUGCAGCUCAACGGCACGGUGGAAUCCCUGGCGGCCCGGGUCCGUGAGCUGGAGGCCGUGGAGGUGCGGUGUGAAGAGCUGCAGGGGGCACUGCGCCGCGCGGAGAUGGACCGCGACCAGGCAGAGGAGCGUUACAGCAGGUCUGCACGCGACCACGACGCCCUGUCUCGUGAGGUGUUGGGCCUACGCCGCGACUUGGCGGCUCUGCAGGACACCAACAACAGGGCGGCGGGGCUGCUGGCGGCAGACGCGGCGGGGGCUAGUACACCGGACACAACCGCAGGGGCCCCGGCGCUGCGGCAGCGACUGGCUGACUCUCGGGCGGACGUGGAGAGGCUGAGCGGGCAGUUGGCGGCGGCGGACAUGGAGCGGAGAAACCUGGCGCAGCAGUUGUCCGCCUUGCGCUCGGAGCUGGACGAUACCCAGUUCCUGCUGGCGGAGGCACAGAGCCGCGCCGCUGGGCUGGCGGCAGCGCAGGCAGUGGCGGAGAGCGAGGCGCGACGGCUGGCUGGCGAGGCGGCGGCACGUGAGGGGCGGCUGCGGGAGCUGGACAGCCAACUGGCGGUGGUGCUGUCCGACCUGGAGGCGCGGCAGGCGGGCUUUGCAGCGCUGGAGAAGGACCGCGCGGAGGCCAAUGCCAGGGCUGAGGAGCUGGCUCGGCGCCUGGAUGAGGUGGAGCGCUCUGCGGCGUCUGAGCGCGCGGCUGCGGCGGCGGCACAGCAGUCGGUGUCGCGGCUGGACUCCGAGCUGAGGGUGGUGCGGGGCAGCGCAGCCGCGUUGGAGGCAGAGGCGGCGGCAUUGAGGCAGGAGCUCCAGGACGUGUCUGUGGGCAAGGUGCGUGCCACGUCGGCGCUGAGCAGCACAGAGGACGAGGCUGUUCGCGCGCGGCAGCAAGCAGAAGCGCUCCGGAUGCAGCUGACGGCCGAGCGCCGCGCUGCGGAGGAGCUGCGGGCGGGCCACGACACGCUGCAGCUCGAGGUGGACCGGCUGGGCGGCCAGCUGGCGCUGCAGCAACAGGAGGCGGAGCUGCUGCGGCAGCAACUGGCUGCGGCGCGGGGCGAGCUGGCAGCCAGCGAGGCGGCGGCCAGCGGCGCCGAGCAGAAGCUGUCGGGGUUAGGAGCGCUUUCGCAACGGCUGGAAGAGAUGGGCGAGCAGGCGCGCCGCGCACAGGCGGCCACCGCUGAGGCUGAGGCAGAAGCUGUGCGACUGCGGGCGGCGGUCUCCGAAGCCAAGGAGGGGCAGGCGCGGGCGGAGCGGGGCCUGCGGGAGGCGAGGCGGGAGGUCGAGGGCGCGCGGGAGGCAGAGGCGCUGGUCCGGGCGCAGCUGCGUGAGGUUGAGGCACAGGCGGAAGGGACGUCCAAGGCACUCAAGGCAGCAGAGGCCGACCGUGACCGCGCGCUGAUGGACGCGCGCCUGGCCGCCGGCGACCUGGCGUCAUUGCGCGAUCAGCUGGCGGCGGAGACGUCCUCGGCGGCAGACGCGGGCAGCACCGCACGGCAGAUGGCGGCGCGGCUAUCAGCGGCGGAGCGGGCGGCGGCUGCGGCGCAGGAGGAGCGCGAGCGGGCAGCGGUGGCGGCUGAGGAGGCGGAAGCGGCGGCUGCAGCAGCUCGGGGUCGCGAGGAGGAGGCCCGUGCCCAGGGCCGCGAGUGGGCGGAGCGCGCUCGGCGAGCAGAGGCACUGGUGGCAGAGUAUGAGGCCGAUGUGGCACAGUUGCGCGCGGCCCGUGACUCGGAUGCGGCGGCGCUGCGCUCUCUGGAGGACACUGUGGCGGCGGCUCGGCGGGACCUGGACGCCCGGCGCAGUGAGGUGGAGCAGCUGACCACUCUGAGCCUGAGGGGUGACGCCACUGUGCAGGAGUACAUGGCAAACCUCAAGGCCAUGUCCACUGAUCUACGUGCCGCCGAAAUGCGCGCCGCUGACCUGGCGGGUGAGGCGGCGGCGGCACAGGACGCGGCCGCCAGCUGGCGCAGUGAGGCGGAGCAGCUGCGGGGCCUGCUGCGGCAGAUGGAUGCGGACAGGGACAACCUGCAGCACGAGCUGGAUGCCAAGGCAGAGCGGCUGGUGGCGCAAGAGCAGCAGCUAGCAGGGGCGCAGGCAGCAGAGCAGGAGGCAGCCAGGCUGUUGGCGCUGGCUGAGGGCCGCUUGGCGCUGACGGACAACCGCGCGCGGGAGGGCGAGGCAGAAGCUGCGGCAGUGCGGGCGCAGCUGGCGGCGGCGCUGGACAGUGUGCGGGCGCUGAGCGGCGAGGGCGAGGCGCUGCGUGAGGAGCUGCGGGCGGUGAGCGAGGACCUGGAGGCGCUGGUGCGAGAGAACCAAGUAGUGGGCGGCGAGCUGGCGGCGGUGGCGGCGCAGCGGGACAGCGCGGCAGAGGAGGCGCGGCGGCUGGGCGGGCGGCGGGCGAGUGCGGAGCAGCUGCUACGGGCCAAGGAGGCGGAGGCGGAGGACCUGCGGCGUGUUUAUGAGGCGUUGGCGGCGGAGCACCGGCGGCUGCAGGGCGGUGUUGGGGCUCUGGAGCGGGAGGGUGCCAUGCGCGAGGCGGCGCUGCAGGCCAAGGCGGCGGAGGUGUCCAGUCUGGCUGAGUCACAGCGGGCUGCACAGGCCACCAUCAACCAGUAUGUCAUGGACCUGCAGGCGUUUGAGCGGCAGGUGGACUCGCUGUCGCGGCAGCUGAGCCAGGCAGAGGCAGACGGCGAGGAGCUGGUGCGGCAGCGUGAGGCGCUGCUGGAGGAGAUACGCGCGGCGCAGCAGGUGCGGCUGGGUCUGGAGCGGCACCGUGAGGAGCUGCAGCGGCAGGUGGCGUCACUCGACAGCCAGGUGGCCAUCGGCCGCGCCCGGCUGGAGGACUCCAACAGCGAGGCUGCCAGCCUCAACCAGCGCCUGGCUAUGGAACGAAGCAGGGUUGCGGAGCUGGAGGGUCUGCUGGCGGGCAUGCGGGCGCGCGAGUUCCGCAGCGACUUCGCCAGCGACCGGGCAGGCGGCCAGCUGGCGGUCAUGGUGGACCGUAACAGGGCGCUGGAGGAGCAGGUAGCCUCCUUGCAGCACCAGGUGGGGGCGCUGCAGGCCUCGCGGGAGGCGCAGGACCGCGAGCUGUCCCGACUGCGUGGCGAGGCGCUGGCGCUGGCGGCCAGCACCGCGGCCAGCCUGGAGGGACGCACAGCAGCUGCGGGCGGCGCAGCGGCGGGUGCGGCCAAGGACCAGGCCGCGGCGUUGGAUCGGCUCACCUCGGAGCGGGACGCCGCUCAGGACGAGGCAGCCCGGCUGCGGGGGGCUCUGGCGGCUGCCGAGGCAGCGGCCGCCUCGGCGUCUACAGCCGCCGCCGUGUCCAUCCCAGCUGCUGGCUCUGGGUCUGAGGCUGCUGCGGUGCUGCGGGUCCGCUGCUCCGAGCUGGAGCGCCGCAACACGGAGCUGAUGCAGGAGCUGCGCACGCUGCAGGACACGUGCCGGCAGCAGGAGUCGCUGCUGUCUGCGGCACAGAACGAGCUGAGUGCGCUGCAGGCAGAGCACCGGCGGCUGGUGGAGCUGGUGGCGCGGCUGGACCAGGACAAGGCAGCGGCGGCAGCAGAGGCCGCCGCCGCCCGGCAGCAGGUCGCAACGGCCACCCGGCGUGUAGCCACUGCGGAACAGGAGGCGGCGGCGGGCGCGGCGCGGCUGCAGUCGCAGCUGAGGGACGAGCAAGGCCGGCGGCGCCAGGCCGAGCGCGACUUCCUGGAGCUGCUGUCCAGCAUUGAGGGAGCGGGCGGCGAGGCGGCGGCGGCGGCAGUUGCGGCCGCUCACGGCGAGGGCGCGGCGGAGCUGGCCAGCAGGCGCUUGCGCGAGCUGCAGACCCAGGUGGAUGCUCUUGAGGCCGAGAAGGCGGGUCUGGAGGAGGCCACGCAGCGCACCCGCGCCACCCUGGGAGCCAUGUCGGGACAGAUGGCAGCCAUACAGGCCGAGUAUGACGCCACUAAUACUGCACUGGCGGGUCUGGCGGGGGCCAUGGCGGCCGGCGCGCAGGGACAAGGCCAGGUGCAGGGGCCCGCUGGGACCGCGCCUGCUGCUGCCGCAGGCGCGCCGGGGCCACAGCCGGGUCAGGCGCAGGCGGGGGGCUUUGGCGGGGCGCACGGUGGCGGCAGCAUCAGCCUCUCGGGGGGGCCGCGUCGGUAGCGCUCUGGCUAGUGGACGGCAGCGCAGCUGGAUGGACCGGAGGGGAAAGCGGGCUAUGUGCUGGGCGACGUGACAAUUCCACAAUGACAGUGAUUAAAUUCAUGAAUCUGUACCAUGUGUACAGUUUGGGCCUAGGUCCGUGAUGUGAGGAGCUAGAUAGGUUGUCUGAACGCUAGCCCUCUUACACCGUCCUGAGUGGUCGUCUGUCAUAGGCGCAAACUCAACACAUGGUUUGGGGUGUGGGGACGCCGCGUUGGCGAGAGCCACGGAUGGGGGCAUGUCGCAGAGGGAACUAUACAGUUUGGGCAGGUCUUACAGUGUGGACAGCAGGGAAUCCUCCCCUGGUGGACAGUGUGGAUAGGCUGGGAAAUGGCGCUUGUAGCGGGUCGCACGUGUGUGUGUAUGUGAAGCAAAGACUUGUGGUGGCACAACACGGCAUUGGAAGUGCUGGACAAGGACAUGCAUAGUGGAUGAACGGUAUCGUGCGCGCACAGUGCCGGGCUGCCGGCCCCACACUAUGUGGGGUGCAUCCCAGCGCCGCGUCGAGCAAGCUGCAUCGUGAUCACGGGACAGACUGC